CUCUCACAUCAACAACCUACAAUUGUGACAUUCCACUCACUGCAUAUUGUUUCCGAGCAGACUUGACGCUACAUCAAUUGCUACAACACUCGAAGUCCGCUUAAUUCAGCCAUGUCAACGCCAUCAGAACCUCCACCACCCUAUGAAGAUGCGGCAAAAGUGCCCUUUCUGUCAGACCGUAAAUCGCCAGGCCCUUCAGACUCGAAACGACCGCCCCAGGGCCCACUGCCUCCUCGAGGGCCGCCUCCACCGCUCAGCCUUCCUGCAUUGAACGAACUGCGACGAAAGCGGGUCAUCCUCGCCUCAGCAUCUCCUCGACGAAAGCAGCUCCUCGCCCAGCUUGGUCUCCAAAAUGUCGAGAUAGUGCCCUCGAAGUUUGCCGAAAACCUUUCGCACGACCUUGGUGCUCUCAAUUAUGUCCUCGAAACCGCGACUGCGAAGGUGCAAGACGUGUACCGCAGCGAAAUCGACAACACGGACAGAGGCGAACCUGCGCUGUUCAUUGGCGCAGACACAAUCAUUGUCAGCCAUGAUGGCAGGAUAUUAGAGAAGCCAAGAGGCGCCGAACAUCACAUCUCUAUGCUAAAGACGCUAAGAGAUCAGGGCGAGCACAAGGUUAUGACGGCUGUGGCGGUCAUGAAGCCGUUGGAGAGUGCUAUGGAUCCGGGAUACAGGCUGGAGACGCAUGUUGAGGAGACAACGGUCAAGUUUGACCCGCAAGUCACAGAUGAGCUCAUACUUGCAUAUGUACGGACGCGCGAUGGCAACGACAAGGCAGGCGGCUACGGCAUACAGAGCGGUGGUGCGGUACUGAUCGAGCGCAUCGAAGGGUCAUACGACAAUGUCGUUGGGCUGCCAAUACGUGCAACACUGAAGUUGAUUGAGAAGGUCAUGGAGCCUGAAGAGGAGCUGGACGACGACAUGGAUAACAUGUUCGUGAGGGAGGGAGAUUAGGAGGACGACUCCAUGUGUCCCAUGCAUUGAUGCAGUUGCAAAGAUAGAAUACCAGUGAAAACUGCAACACGCAGAGUUGCACAUUCGAUAGAGAAAGAAUUGCACAG